AUGGCAUCUUAACUUGAGGAGAAUCUCUUAGUGGGAAAUACAUUGUCUGACUUUGGUAUGACAGCAAAAGAAUUAUCGUAUAAGAUAUAUUAAAUUUAAAAGAAACUUAUUUACUCCUGAUAAUGUGAGAGAUGGAUCAAGUUUGGCAUAAUUGGCAAGACAUGGAAAGAUAGAUGGGCUGAUGAAGAAGUUGAGAACAGAUCCAAAAGUAUAUUAGAAAUAUAUAUAUAUAGAAAGGGUUAGAUAGCAGUAAUAUCAAUGAUAUGGAAUUGAGAGUGAAGAAGUAAAAUAUUUAUAUAUAUUUCAUUAUAGUUUUGGUGACAAUAAACCUGAAAUAAAAGAGCCAAAGACACUUUUGGAAUAUGUAAAAUUAUGAGUUAAUGGAUUAGAUCCUUGAAAACUUUGAAGAUCCAAUGCUUAGAAUACUUUGUUUAGCUGCAGCAGUUAAUUUAAUUAUAGGUGUAUGGACAGAAGGAUGGAAAGAAGUAUUAAUAAAUAAGAUUUAAUUAGGGAUGGAUGGAUGGAAUGGCAAUAUUCAUAGCAGUUAUUAUAAUAGUAUCAGUAACAGCAGGAAAUAAUUAUGUGAAAGAUUAAUAAUUUAGAAAAUUGAAUGCAAUAGCAGAGAAUAGAAAUGUAAAUGUUAAGAGAGGUGGUAAAAUAGUAAGUACUAAUAUAUAUGAAUUGGUUGUUGGAGAUAUAAUGAUUGUUGAUACAGGUGAGAAAUUGCCUGUUGAUGGAAUUGUUAUUGAAUCAAGUGAUUUAACAGCAGAUGAAUCAUCAAUUACAGGAGAAACAAAUCCAAUUAAAAAGAAUGUUCCAGUCACUUAUGAUUCAAAAGAAAAAGUUAAUCCAUUUUUAAUUAGUGGUUCAUCAAUUAUUGAAGGUACAGGUGAAAUUCUUAUCUUGGCAGUUGGAGAAAAUUCAUAAUGGGGAAUAUCUAAAAAAUUGAUGACUUAAUAAGCUAAAGAUGAUAAAACACCUUUAUAAGAGAAAUUAGGAAUCUUAGCAGAUUAAAUUGGUGAAUAUGGAUUAAAAGCAGCUAUAACUACAUUUAUUGCUAUGACACUUCAUUUACUUUAUGAUGCAGUAUUCAAUGAAUAUCCUUUGUUCUCAGCUCAUGCUUUAAAAGAAAUUCUCAAUUUCUUUAUUGUCUCAGUUACAAUUAUUGUAGUUGCUGUUCCUGAAGGAUUACCUUUGGCUGUUACAAUAGCUUUGGCAUAUUCUGUUGGUAAAAUGAAAGAUGAAAAAAAUCUCGUUAGAUUUUUAUCUGCUUGUGAAACAAUGGGAGGUGCAAAUAAUAUUUGUAGUGAUAAAACUGGUACAUUGACUGAAAAUAAAAUGACUGUUACUAAUUUAUAUGUUGAAGAUACAGAUUUUAGUAAAUUAGAUCCAAAAGCUAUUAAAAAUUCAACUUUAGAAUUACUAUGUGAAGGUAUUUGUUUGAAUUCUAUGGCACAUCCAUAAAUUGAUGAAUCAGGUAAAUUUGAGCAUAUUGGUAAUAAAACUGAAUGUGCUUUAUUGGAAAUGUGUUAUAAAUUUGGAUAUGAUUUCAGAUAAAUUAGAUAAAAUAUGGGAGAAAAAAUCAAAAAGAAGUUCCCUUUCAGUUCAGAGAAAAAAAAAAUGACAAUCAUAUUAGAUCCAAAAGGAGAUAGAACAUAAUUUAAAAUUUAUACUAAAGGUGCUCCAGACAUGCUUUUAGAUAAAUGUUCUCAUUAUAUUAAUGCUGAAGGAAGAGCUGUUGUGUAUUUAUAAUUUCUUAAAUUUUAGUAUUACCAAUGAUUAUAAACAAAAAAUUAAUAGUGUUAUUAAGAAUUAUGCAUCUUAAUCAUUAAGAUCAAUCUUAUUGUUGUAUAGAGACACAAUGAUCUAAGGUAGACCAUCAAAACCAGAAGAAUUUAAUAAUGUUGAAGAUAUAAUUGAUAAAUCAUAUACAAUAAUUGGAGUUACUGGAUUAUAAGACCCAUUAAAAGAAGGAAUCAUUAAAGCAGUUUAAUAAUGUAAAGAAGCAGGAGUAACUGUCAGAAUGGUAACAGGAGAUAAUUUUGAUACUGCAGUAGCCAUUUCAAAGAAAGCUGGCAUAUUACCACCAAAUUAUGAACAUCAUGAAGAUUCACUUGCAGUUAUGGAAGGAAAGACAUUUAGAUAAAUGGUUGAAGGAUUAGAAUAUGAAAAAGAUGAUGAAGGAAAUGAUAUACCAAAAGUAAAAAAUUUAAGCAAUUUCACUACUAUUGCAUAAGAAUUAAAAGUCUUAGCAAGAUCUUCUCCAGAGGACAAGUUUUUAUUAGUCACUGGUUUAAAAUAACUUGAAAAUGUUGUAGCAGUUACAGGAGAUGGUACAAAUGAUGCACCAGCAUUAAAAAAGGCAGAUGUUGGAUUUGCUAUGGGAAUUUAAGGAACAGAAGUUGCCAAAGAAGCAGCUGGUAUUAUACUUUUAGAUGAUAAUUUUGCUUCAAUUGUUACAGCUAUGAAAUGGGGUAGAAAUAUAUUCGAUUGCAUAAGAAAGUUUCUUGUGUUUUAAGUCACUGUCAAUGUUGUUGCUGUUUCUAUGGCAUUUUUGGGAGGAGUCUUCUUAAAAGAAUCUCCAUUAACUAGUAUUCAAAUGUUGUGGGUUAAUCUUAUUAUGGAUACAUUGGCUUCUUUGGCAUUGGCCACUGAACCUCCUACUGAUGAAUUGUUGACACGUAAACCAUAUGGUAGAAAAGAACACAUGAUUACACCAGGAAUGUGGAGAAGUAUAAUAUGUCAAGCAGCAUUCUAACUAUUUGUUCUUUUGAUUAUAUUAUUCAAAGGAGAUUCUAUUUUUGGUAUUGAAUCUAGUAGAGGACAUAGAUUGGAUGAAGAAUAUAAGUAAUUAUUUAUCUUAUCUUAUUUUAGUCCUGUCUAUCAAGAACAUUAUACAAUAUUUUUCCAUAUUUUUGUAUUCUUGUAAGUCUUUAAUGAAAUCAAUGCUAGAAAAUUGAAAAAAACUGAAUUAAAUGUAUUUGAUGGAUUCUUUAACAACUAUCUUUUCAUAAGUGUUAUUGUUGGAACAAUAGUUGUUUAAAUAUUGAUUGUGUAAAUAUUUAUCAUAAAAUUUAAUUAGUUAAUUUGGUGGAAAAGCAGUCAAGGUUACUCCUUUAGAUUUUGCUCAUCAUGUCGUUUGCAUUAUUAUUGGAAUGUGUAGUUUGGCUGUAGGAUACUUUAUUAAAUAAAUUCCUGAUUAAUAUUUCUAAUCCAUUGAAUUAUUUAAAGAAUAAGUUGCUCCUGAAGCUGAUCCAGAAACUCUAUAGGUAAACUAAUGAAUUUAUAAAUUUUUUAGGGUAAAUUCAAAAGACCUUCCACAUUCCUUAGAAAGAAGAGAGCCAUUGAAAAUAAAUAACAACGUAAAGGUUCUUAAGAAAUAGAAAUGAAAGCUGGAAACAGUGGUUUUAAAUAAUGA